CUCAAACCCGUUUAAUUGGAAACCAACUUGAGUACCUACCUCAAUUGUAGCGUUUUUUUCCAUCUCCACAAAGUCAGUGUUGUUCCGUUGCCUACCCUCCUGAUCCCCAGUAAAGUUAUGCUCACCUGGUUCAGCGUUUGCGAUACCACCGGCGGUCGCCGAGGUCUGAGCGUUUGCAGUGGUCGGGGCGUCGCCAGUAUCGAUGUUUGGAUGGGGGUCUUGCUGAGUACCAUAGGUCUGGGAAUGAAGAGGUGAAUCACGACUGAGAUUCCCAAGACACAGAAAAGAUCUUAUCCAACAGUAUCGAUGUUUAGUGGUAUUUUAACAAAAUAAAUCUAGUCCAGAAGUGAGGAGCCUGUGGUUAUUUUUUCUUUGUAGCCGUUAGGCCCAUUAAUCCCUUCUUUUCGAAUUCCCAAAGCAAUAUAAAUCCCGCCCUCCCCUCGACUCAUUUCAAAACCCACAGACCGUUAUCUCUCUCUCUCUCUCUAGGAGCGUUGCCGCACUCUCUCUCUCCCUAGAAUAUUCAUCAGAAAGAGAUGGCGACUAACAUCGGCAUGAUGGACGGUGCUUACUUCGUUGGCCGAUCCGAGAUCUUAGCCUGGAUCAACUCCACUCUCCAACUCAAUCUCUCUAAAGUUGAAGAGGCGUGUUCGGGGGCAGUUCACUGUCAGCUAAUGGAUGCUGCACAUCCUGGAAUGGUGCCGAUGCAUAAGGUCAAUUUCGAUGCUAAGUCAGAGUAUGAUAUGAUCCAGAACUACAAGGUUCUUCAGGAUGUUUUCAACAAACUGAAAAUCACCAAGCACAUUGAGGUGAGCAAGCUAGUGAAAGGAAGACCGUUAGAUAAUCUCGAAUUCAUGCAGUGGAUGAAGAGAUACUGUGAUUCUGUUAGUGGAGGUAGUCAUCACAAUUACAACCCAAUGGAAAGAAGAGAGUCAUGCAAAGGUGGGAAAGAAGCAAGCAAGAAAUCCGCACCAUCGCAAUCCGCUCGGGGCUCCACAGCGGCACCUAAAUCUCACCCCACCCGAAGAGGCGAUGCGCCUCCUGCCCACCCAACAGGUCCACCUGCCAAGACUGCUAAGCCCUCACCAACCGUAGAUGUCUCCGCGUACGAUAAACAGAUCACUGAGUUGAAGCUAACUAUGGACAGUCUUGAGAAAGAGAGAGAUUUCUACUUUGCAAAACUGAGGGACAUAGAAAUCCUGUGCCAGACUCCUAGCAUCUCAAACUUGCCCGUAGUAGAUGCCAUAAAGAAGAUCUUGUAUGCUGUAGAAGAGGAUGCAUCUAUAGUGGAAGAAGGUCAGGCUAUGCUUCUUAACCUGGAGAAACCAACUGAGGACGUGGAAGAAUACAAGACUCAAAAGAGGAAAAGUAUUAUAAAUCUUGAUGUUGAUGUGGCUGCAAGUGACACAUUGUCACCAAAGCAAAGGGUGUCUAAUGCUACUGAUGUACACUGCAGUGGGUCACCUCUUAUGACUUACUGAUGGGUCCGUCAUCUUAUGUUGUUUACUAUGUUUCUUCAUGUCUUGAUAAUGCAAACUAUCUUUUUAUCUUUUGCUCAUUUGUAUGCAGUGUGUUUAGUGACAACUUGUUUUCGUUGUCGGGCAAACAAUAUAAUGUUGGUGCAAAAUGCGAAUUCAUCCACAUUUGACCUGUUAUGAGAAAUUUCAAAAUGAUGUGAUAAUGAUGUAGUUGUUUUGGUAUG